AUGGCUCGAAAAGAAGAUCGCAACACGUUAGGGUCGUCAAGCUUGAAAAAUUUGACUCCACAGCCAACUGCUUCAACUGCUCCGGGAACCAGUAAUUCCGACCGAAAUGAAACAAUUUCCGCCUUUGUUAACUCUGCGACUGCCAAGAACACACUGCCGUUUGGCGUAAAAAACGUCCCACUAAUUGAUACACGCACAGCUAAUAAAAUGAACGGUGUUGUCACUGACAACUGCCCCAGCAUAUUCCAAGGACCUUCUUUGCCUGGAGGUGAUGUCGCACUAGGCGCAAGAUCUGAUGGAAAUUCAACGGAUUCAUCUGAAGCGCCUAGUACUCUAUCUGUUUUGGCCCUUCCAGCUCCUCCAGCGACAACAUCAUCAUCAACAGUUGGCAAUUUGGAUGAUAAUGGUCACAAUUAUGUUGGUUUAGUAAAUCAAGCUAUGACCUGCUACUUAAACUCGUUGAUCCAAACACUGUACAUGACUCCAGAAUUCCGCAACGCUAUAUACGAGUGGAAGUUUACGGGCACUCAGGAAGACGAAGCGAAAAGCAUUCCUUGCCAGCUGCAGAAAUUAUUUUUACUUUUACAAACAAGUGAACGAGAGUCUCUGGAAACACGCGAAUUAACGAAGUCUUUCGGGUGGGGUGAGGGAGAAGCAUAUGAUCAGCAUGACGUUCAAGAGCUGUGUCGUAUUAUGUUUGAUGCGCUGGAACAGAAGUGGCGGAAGACAAAUAACAGUUCUUUAAUUCAGGAUCUCUACAGGGGUUCUAUGGAAGAUUUUGUCAAAUGUUUAGCUUGUAAAACAGAAAGUACAAAGAAUGAUGUUUUUCUCGACCUUCCCUUGGCUAUCAAACAGUUCGGUAUUGUUCAGGCAUAUAAAAGUGUUGAAGAAGCUCUCCAAGCUUUUAUUAAACCUGAGAUCCUUGAUGGAAAUAAUCAGUAUUUUUGCGAGAAAUGUGGAAAAAAGCAAAAUGCUCAGAAGGGUCUCCGUAUUACGCAGUUUCCUUAUUUAUUGACCAUACAGUUAAAACGUUUUGAUUUUGAUUACAAUACGUUGCAUAGGAUAAAGUUGAACGAUAAAAUGACAUUUCCAUAUUUACUGAAUUUGAACGAAUUUGUUCACGACUCAUCUAAAAAUAUGGACUGUGAGGCAAAACGAAAGAAGACGACCUAUGCUAGUAUUGCAGCUGCACCACGGAAAAGCAGUUCCGAGUCUUCAGUUCCUCCAAUCGAUUACGUUCUGCGAGCGGAAAGCCAACAUUCACAUAUCGAUGCAAACGUUGUAGAAGAGCUACUUAAUAAUGAUGGUCCUUACAUUUACGAGCUUUUUUCCGUAAUGGUUCAUCAGGGGAGUGCUACUGGAGGCCACUAUUAUGCUUACAUAAAAAAUAUGGACCAAGAUGCUUGGUUUUGUUUCAAUGACAGCGCUGUAACGGCGGCUACCGUCGAAGAUAUUCGUCGCACGUACGGUGGGUCUUCUGGUGGAUGGUCAUCAAGCAACACAAAUGCAUAUAUGCUCAUGUAUAGAAGAAUUGACAAAGCCAAAAAUGCAAAAUUUGUAAAGACAGCUGACUUGCCGGAACAUUUGAGAAGUCUUUUAGAACGCUGGGAAAGUGGUGAAGAGGAAAAACGGAAGAAGAAGGAGUACGAAGAUUCGCUAGUCAAAGUACUUUUCCUAAUUGACUCCAAAAGGACGGAUCUUGAUUUUUUGCAGUUUUUUGAGUGUCGCUUUAAACUACUUAUACGUGUGUUAAUCAACGGUAGAAGCGCAGGUGAUCUUUGCGCAGUGGAGAAAGUUUUGCGCAUACCUUAUACCUCUAAAUUACAAGAAGUUUAUGAGCAAACUUUAAGUAGCUUCGAUUCAGAAGUGGAAAGUGCUAAUCAGUUUCGUCUUAUUGAAUGUGCUGAUGCAGUUUUUACCAUGAAACGUGUUUUUUCGCAUUCUGAGAUCCGGACCAUUCAUUUAGUUGAUUUGUAUCCUAAAUAUUCUGGCACGAAGGCGUAUCGGCAAGAUGCAUACUUUAUUUUGGAUGUCAGUCCUAAAAACGUUGAAUUCUUCGAAGUUAAACCACUCAAAGAGUCGUGUACUUGUAAAUUAAUUCCGGUCGACAUCGAAAAAAAGUUAUUUCUUACGCCCAUAUUAAUCCAGUUCUCCCUUUCUGAUCGAGUUUCAGAAAUGAGAAGGAAGAUAGGGAAGUAUUUUGAAUUUGACGAAAAUGCGUUGCAAAAGGUUCGGCUGGUGUUAGAUAAGGAAUCAAUGCAAACCGUGUCUCCUUUCCGCUUAAUUGAAAAAGAAGAUGAAACUUGUGCGAGUUUGGUUAGCACAGUAGAGACUAAGUUCUUUGUCGCAACAUUUGGUUUGAUUUCGUCAGACGAUUAUAAACAGGCGGGUUUGACGCCACCAGACUCUUUGUUUACUGAGGAAAUUCUGGUGGAUUCGAAUGUUUUGAAUGAUGUCGACUGUACAGCCACAGAGUCACCAGUUGGAUGUGGAUCUCCUGUUUUAGAUGGAGGAAAUCCAGUUGCGGCACCAGCUUUUAUCGGGAAUGCUGCAGGAGGUUUUCUAACUCCAUCAUUAACUAACAGUCACCUUUCUUCGACUUCCUCACUAGUAUCUGACGAAGAUAGAGAGGCUACGUCGAUGGAGCUAGAUCACUCAAGAAUUUCGAGUUCGCUUAGCACACCAGUUGUAUCACCAUCCGUUUCUGAGUCUGGCGACUUUUUUGAUCCUAAUGCUCUUCCAUCUAAAGUAACGGAACGGUGUGAGCGUCUUUUUACUUUCGAAGCAAGAGCGAAACAGUCGCAAGAAAUUAACAAUGGGUUUGAUUCGCCGGAGUGGGAUCCUGUCAGUUCAACAGCUGAAUCUUCGGAAGAUACGGUUACCUUAGGUGGUCAGACUGGCGUUUCUGGAGACCUCAUAGAAAUAGUAGUUGAUCUUGAUGGUCGCCAGUCGACAAGUUCUUUUAAAGAAUGGAUCUCAAAAUAUCUUUCAUUGGAUGUUAAUCGUUUUGUUAUGCUGAAGCACUAUAAGAAAGGCGAUGACGGGUAUGAAACCGCUGUUUACGAGAAUGAAAGCGUUCGCGACCACUACUCAUCUGUCGCCUAUAUAUCAAUAAGCUUAAGAUCUCCGCUGAAAGAAAAUGAAAGAAUGAUUCGUGUUUCUCAAUUUGAUAUGGAAAAUGCCGAGUACGAGAAAUGGCCGUACUUGUUCAGCGUUGUGGCUUCUCCAGAAACAAAAGUGAAUGAGAUCUUGUCUCAUUUGCGACUAAGGGAAAUAGAAGUAGGAGUUGGUGCUCCCGUUAUGAAUUCUGCUGAUACUUUGGGAAGGAGAAGUGGUGAGUGGAACAGAAGCCUUUAUUUGCAAAUUCUGUCAGUCCAAAUGAAAGAUUUUUCAGACGAAGAAGUAAUUGAAUGGGAGAAGGGCGGACCUACGAGUUAUCCAGUGGCUGUACAGCGUUGGAACCCGACAACACUGGUUGUUUCUUCCAGGGUCGAAUUAAUCAUAGCAGCUGAUCGUCAGGACCAAACUGCAGCUUUAAAAGAAAAAAUAAGCGAGCAUUUCCAAGUACCAAUGAGCAAAAUAGCGCUUUCAGGGCUUUUUCCUUCUAACGGUUGGACGAAGUACCCGUAUACAAAAGAUAGGCUUGAUUUGCUUGAUAAUGUUACCUUUUCUAGCGAAAAAGUCUCUGCAAACACAUUUAACGGCAAACUUAUAUAUUUCAAACUUACUGAUGAUGUGCCUAAACGUUUAACUGAAGAUGAGAGACGGGCUAUUCGUAUAAAAGAUAGUAGUGCGAAAUCAUCAGAAACAUCAGGUCGGCGAAGGGAAAGGCCACUGAGAAUUCAACUGUCUACAAGCGUUUCUGAAGAGAAUCCCUUGCUAGUUUCAUAG